AAGAGCGAAGCGAGGGAGAGAAAGUGGUGGAACUGGGAAGGGAGGGGUUGGAAAUUGAAUGGGCUGCAAGUUGAAGGAAGGAGGGAGAGAGAGGGAAGGAAGGGCGGAAGGGUGACCGGUGCAGGUCGGACUGAGUUUCGGUCCUUUAUCCUCCGGCAGCAAGAAGUUGGCGACAAACGAGAAGAAGCGGCGCCUGCUGCUGCUGCUGUUGUUGUUGUUGUUAUUGUUGGGGGCUGGCGGCGGCUGUUGUUUUGAGGCGGAGGGAAAGCGCCUGGGCCGAAAAUGGUCGAGGGGGAGUGAGAGGUGGCCCCGGAGCGGUCGGCGUUGAGGAGCUUCGGUGACAGCACAAGGAGCGCGAGGGCUGGUGGUAAACAAGAGAGCCCCUCAGUGAAAGCAGAGUUUGCCGCCGAGGAUCCGCCACGUCACGGAAAAGUCCUGGUGUCCCUCAGCCUCCCCACUUUCACACUCCCUUUCCUCACCUUGCAUUUAUCUGGUAUCUUCCCUCCACCUCCUGCAGCCUUCACGCUUUUAGCUGCAAACAACUUGUGAUUUCAUUUCCCUUGUUUUGUUUGCGGUCGCUGCACAUUCUGCCAAACUUCAAAGUCCCAUUUCUUUCCUUCGAUUUCUUUAAACUGUCAUUCCCUUUCCGUUAUCUACCUUUCCCACCUUAUUUCAGCCUACUUGACCCCCCCAGUCAACCCCCUUAAUUAAUUUAUGUACAGUAACCCUACUCCUUGCGCUGCAGGGUCACAUUACAUGACCGAUUCCGUCCUAUGUGAGGUUUCUUUCUGUGUAGGGUGCCCUUAUUCUCCUUGCACACCCAGGAUUUUUUUUCUCUCUAGGCAGUCACUGCAGAUUUUCUUUUAAGUUACAAUAAAUUUCAAGUUAGCACGGUCAGUUUUCUGUUCAGGUGGGAUUUAGAAAACAAUGUUUGAUAUUUAGUUUUCCAAUACGGACAAGACUCAAUAGGCAGCUGCUUCCAGUUUGACAUUGUGCUGGUAAUUAACUGUUCAUUCUGCCAACGUCGAAAAAAAGUAAUCCACGGUGAAGUCAGUUUUUUUUUAAGCUCCUAUCUGAGAUUACAAAAACUAAUCAAACAUGACUGCUUCAAACUGGGGCUUCAUCAUGAACGUAGUGAACAGUAUCGUGGGAGUGAGUGUGCUCACCAUGCCGUUCUGCUUCAAACAGUGUGGAAUUGCAUUGGGUGUUGUCCUACUCCUCUUCUGUUCCUGGAUGACUCACCAAUCCUGUAUGUUUCUGGUGAAGGCAGCGAACACCAGUAAGCGCAGGACAUACCCAGGCCUUGCUUUUCAUGCCUACGGAAAAGCAGGCAAAAUGCUGGUUGAGACCAGCUUGAUUGGUUUGAUGUUGGGGACCUGUAUUGCUUUUUACGUUGUUAUUGCUGAUUUAGGAUCUAAUUUCUUUGCUCACUUGCUUGGACUUCAGGCAACGCAGGGAUUUCGUGUGUUCUUGCUGUUUGCAGUCUCACUAUUUAUUGUACUGCCACUGAGUUUGCAAAGGAACAUGAUGGCCUCGAUUCAGUCCUUCAGUGCCAUGGCUCUAAUAUUCUAUACUCUCUUCAUGUUCGUGAUCGUGCUAUCUUCAUUCAAACAUGGCCUCUUUAAUGGUCAGUGGCUUAGCCGAGUCAGUUACGUUCGCUGGGAAGGCUUUUUUCAGUGUAUUCCUAUCUAUGGAAUGUCUUUUGCCUGCCAGUCCCAAGUGCUGCCCACAUAUGACAGUUUGGAUGAGCCUUCUGUUAAACGGAUGAGCACUAUCUUCUCAUCAGCCCUGAAUGUGGUUAAUAUGUUUUACAUAACAGUUGGUUCUUUUGGUUAUAUUGGUUACCUUGACAACAUUGCUGGGAAUGUGAUGAUGAAUUUUCCCUCCAAUUUGGUGACAGAGAUGAUUCGUGUAGGAUUUAUGAUGUCCGUUGCUGUGGGAUUCCCCAUGAUGAUUCUUCCUUGCAGACAAGCUCUGAACACCUUUCUCUUCGAGCAGUUGCAACAGAAAGAUGGUACUUUUACUGCAGGAGGGUAUAUGCCACCUUUGCGGUUUAAGCUCAUCACAGCUGGUAUAGUGUUUGGCACCAUGUUGGGCGGAAUCCUGAUUCCUAAUGUGGAAACGAUCCUUGGAUUGACAGGUGCCACCAUGGGGAGUCUCAUCUGUUUUGUUUGCCCAGCGCUUAUCUACAGGAAAAUCCAGAAGAAUGGUUUCACUUCGCAGAUUAUUCUCUGGGUUGGCCUAGUCAUUCUGGUAAUCAGCACAUUUACUACUCUGACUGCAACAAGUGAACAACCGGUGACACCUGAAAAGCCACCACAGGACAUUGACCAUGAAAAGCUACAAAAUGAAAUGGACCAGCAACAGAAAAUCUCAGUUCAGAACAGUGUACUUAAAGAAGCUGGUGAUGAUCGAGAUCGUCUGAAGUUAGAGAAGGGUGCUGUAGAGCAACCUCAGAUAAAGGUCCCAAUAGAGCCACCUGAAGAAAGUAAUGACAAAGGCGCGGAAGUACAGCUGGAUCGUCCCAACCAAGGGGUUGCUCAUCCAGUGGGAGAGGCUCAUCGACAUGAACCACCCAUCCCACAUGAUGAAGUCAUUGUCGAUGAAGGAAAGGAUGGUGACGAAUCAAAUGAAAAGGAGCUCCCGGCAAUGAAAGCUAAGCAGCCAAAUGAUGAAAGACAAGAGGGGAAAAUCAAUUUUAAUGAAAAGAUGAAAGAAUUGGAAGAGGAAAAGAUGGUUAAUCCAGGAUUAAAAGAGCAGGGAAAAGAAAUGGUCAACCACAUCAAUGACGCACCAGCGGUUGAUUCAAAACAAAGGGACCAGCCAGGCAAGAUGGCACCGGAGAUGAACAUUCAAGGUGCAAUACCUCAACCAGGUGUAGAACUGCAUCAGCAAAAGUUAAAUGAUAACCAUGGCAAAGUUCCUGGAGGAGAAGGUGCAGUGAUUCAUAACCCAGAAGGGAAUGUAGAAAACAUGAAGAACAAAGAGUUGGAAAAUGGUAACAAGAGGGAUUUGCCAGCCCUGGAAAAUGUUGGUGCAGCUGAAGUGCCACAACCACAUGUCCGUGAUGAGAGGGACAGUGAAAAUGCAAUUUCAGAAGAAAAACAAGAUGGAAAACCAGCUGAAGGAGGAGAGGAUGAUGAAAAACAUAUGGAUCAUAUAGUUCUAUUAAACGUGAUUAAAGAACAGCAAGAACAGCAGAAGCGACUUUUAGACCAACAAGAGAAACUGUUAGCCGUCAUUCAGGAACAACAUAAGGAGAUCCACCAGCAAAGGGCUGAUGAUGAGGACAAAGGACAGCAGGAUGGUGAAAACCCCGCGAAAGAACAGGCAGGUAAAGAAAAUGAAGAUCAAGUAAAAAAUGUUGACCCUCUGAAUGGGCAGAAGGCAGAGAAGCCUAAUGCUGAUUCCCAGGGUGACGCUGCUAAACUUGGUCAGGAUCUACCAGCAGCUGACCAUGAUAAGGAUGGUGUUGAACCUAAAGAUACUUUGCAACAAGCUCAGGGCAAUGUCCCAGAAAACCAGGAUCAAAAUCAUGACUCCAAACAGGAUGGUGAAAUUGGAGCUAAUGUCGAAGCUCUCAAAGUUGCCCCUCAGUCUAGAGAUAAAUUUAAAGAAGUCAUCCAAAAAAUUGGGACUUCAAACCUUUUCUCAAAGGGCAAGGAAGUUGAAAGGGUGGUGCCACAACCUGAUGCUAAAGUCCCAAAAGUUGUCCAACGUGAUGAAGGAGCAAAAGCUUCCCAAGAGCAUGGAGUUAAAAAUCCAAAUGUUCCCUUGGAGAAUGAGGUCAAAGUUGAAAGGGAAGGACCCGAAGCUGGAAAUAGAAAUCCAAAUGUCCCAAAUAAUGGGGCCAAAGUCCCAAAGAUUUCUGAAGAUCUCGGUAUUAAAGCAAAAUCAAAAGACGAAGUUCAUAAGAUUGAUUCCAAAGUUGACACCAAACCUUUAAAAGCUGAGCAAGUAGAAGAACAUGGGAGUGACGAGAAGAAUGGGAAAGUGAAAGUCAGGGAUAGAGGUGCAUUUCAGGAAAAGCCUAACCAGCCAGGUGGACAUAUUGAAGAUGGGAAGGAAAAGAUCCACUGGCCUGUGAAUGCAGGUAAAGUUCAAGGAAGAAAUUUUAUUGACAGAGCACAAGAGCUUGAUGAAAAGAAAAUUGAGGAAGAUGCAAUGAAAAGUCAGAGAAAAGAGAAGGUUUUAGAUGAAAACAUUGACCUUCAGCAUGUGGACCCAAAUGCACCACCAAAACACAAGGAAAAGAAUCCAAGCCAGAAGGAUGGUGAGCCAUACAAAGAUUUGAAACUUGAUGGAGGUGGUGACCUUCGUAGAAGGAAGAGAGACUUAAGGUCAAGUAUGGAAGAAAGCUAUCAAGAUGACAGUGGUAAAUUGAUCAUCAGCCUUGAUCCAGUGCCAAACUUUAAAACUGAUAAUCUCCGAAGUGCACUGGAGAGCCAACUGAAACAGGUAGCAGGAGCAUCAUUCCAGAUAGUUCAGAGCCGAAAGAUAAAGCAAGUGACAGAUACAGAAAAAGAUACGUGAUUCAACUAAUCUGUUUUCCAACCCAUCACAUUUCUAGAGGAAGCCUAUUUUGAAGUUUGAAUAACAUGUCUCCUGGAUGGUAUCAAGCUACCUUGGUGUCCUAUAUGCAUCUUAUACAGUGUCAUGUCUGCAUUGCAUUGUGUGAACAAAGCCCACUUAAAGCAGAUGAAUUCAAUGGGACUUCAAGAAGAAUUCUGAAAUAACAGGCCAGAAGAAUUCAGAGAAAAGCAAAUAGUUAUCAGAAUUUAGUUACCUGCUGAAAUAAUGAAUAUUCUACAAGGAGAUUAACCAAUAACUCUACCUGCGUAGCUCAGUAUACUACUUGUACUGAAAAGCUGAUUACCAUAAGGCAUUGCACAUCCAGGAAAUUCUAAAGGAAGUGACUGUGAAUUACAGGAAACUUCAGUUCCUGUCAUUCUGUGCAUCUGCAACCAGAAGCAACCAAGAAUGAAUGAAAAUGACUUUGCUAUUGGAACUCUGACAGUUAGAUGUACCGUUGAUUGUAUGAAAGUCUGUUUCAAACAUUGGAAAUGCCAUUACUAGUGUCUUCUUUUUCCUCUCAGGGCAACAAGCUGUUUCAUUGUAAACAGUAGGCUUUUUGUUGUAUGGAUUUCUAAAUGGUUGUUCAUUAGGGCAGUUGAUUGUGUAUUUUAAUGUAAAGAUUUAUGCAGUUAAUGCCUAAUUUGUUUACAUGUGUGUACGAGAAACUCCUAGACCUACAUGUUAUAAUGGCUGAUUUUUUUCAAAAUUUGAUUUCAAAGAUUUCAACUUUUCCAGCUAAAACAAACCAACUCAGCACCUUUCAUAUUUUAUGCUUUAAAAUAUGGUCUGUUCUCUUAACUUUCAACAUUAAUUCUAAUUAAGCACAUUGAAUUUUACUGGAGUUGCACCUAUAGUAAUUUUGAUACUGUGAACCCUGACUAAAUUAUUCGACAAUGUAAUUUUUUGCACAUAUUCCAUCUUAGGAGGGGUUAAAGGUGCAAUAUUUAAUUGUGGCCCUUUCCGUAAUAUUUUUGUACAGCGUACUCAUAAACAAGACUGUAUAAGUCAUCUGUAAGUCCACAAAAUGGAGACUAGUUAAGAUCAGUGUACUUUUAAAUAAUCUAGAAUAAGGUCCUCUACGCAAUGUUUUUUCCCUCGUGUUCAUUUGUACAAUACAUUUUUAUGUAUUUUUUUUAUAAAGAAUUAACUUUUUUUUAAAGUUGCCCUUAUGAAUUGACCUCCCAGUUUGGCUGCCAUUUUUAAUUGUAAUUUGAAAACUUGGGUUCUCAAAUCUGACUGAUCAUGAGAUUCCACAGCUGUUCAAUGGAAAUAUGUAGCAGUUUCAGGAUCAGUGAUAAAACAUCAAGUGUCCACACCCACCCUGCAGAAAUGCAUUAAGGACAGGCGAGCAGAUACCAUUUUUUUUAGGCAAAGGCAGGGAAGUAAAUUUAUAUAAAAAUAUAUAAUAGAAUGUAUCUUAAAACAUAAUCAUAGGUCUGCUGGAGUACAUCACUGUUCAAAUAAUCCCAUGCUGCUGGUGCCAUCAAGUUAUUCCCAUUUAGAGGCUUCCCAUAGAUGUAAUUUAUUAAUAUAUUAAAAAACAAACUACAAACAUCUAAUGUUGAAAGUAACCAGUUUAUAUAAACUCUGCACACUUGUAAAUAAUAGUAUUAAAGCAUAUAGUAUGAUGCGUUCUCUGUAGGGCUAAGAAUAGGUAGUAGGUUUUCAGUUGCAGAACCGUCUUUGUUAGAAUGUCAAUUUUAUUUAUGAAAAUUGAUCAGGUCAGAGGACCAGGUUAUUGUAAAUAUCCAAAUUAAUGUGGCCUAAACAUAGUCACUAUUUGUGCAAACAUUUUUAGGCCAUUGACAUUUUCCAAUGACUCAACUUUCUAGCACAUCACCAAAUCAAAAACAUAACCAUUAGCUGAAUUUUUCUUGAAAAAUAUUUACGUCCUAUUCAUAUUUAAAUGUUAUCAUAGCUGGUAUCUGGUCACUACCGGUGCUCUAAGGGAUCAAAGGUUAAAAUUGUCCAUGUACCAAUUAUUGUUGUUAUCUCUGUGUCUCAUUUUAAAUGUACUUUAAGUUGAUGCAUGUGUUUUUCGGUAUUUAUCUUGCAGCAAUGUUACAAAACUGUAGGGCAUCUGUUAUUAUCAUCAGACAGUUUUCUUUUACAUGAAAUUAUAUUCUGCACCAUCUCAACAAAGAGGAUGAGUCUGCACCUAGACCCUGGCUAAUGCUGCUAAAGCUACCUGAUGGGAGAUGAGCUGUAUUUGUUGCCUUAGCCUUUGGAGUCCCUUGUGUCCUGUAAAUAAGUGCCUGAGUUCCACUUGAUGCCUUCUCUCGAGGUCCAGCCAAGUUUUGUGAGCCCAUCAUAUGGGGAGUGUAAACUAUACUUCUAACUGCAGGUUUCAAUAAGUACUGAAAUCUAAUUCCCAAAUGGUUCCUGGUAUCAGUGAUUGAAAUGUCUGAUUAUUUAUCACUUUUUCUAUGCUUUUUGCUGUUAAAAUGUUUUAUUGCCUUCAAAAUGCUGUAUUGGGUUAAAGAAUAAUGAACACAUUGAUGAGGUCAAAAGUUAAAGGUCAGAACUUAGUCAAACUUCCAGUUUGUUGCCUCACCUGAAUUUGGUAAAGUUUAGAUAGUGUGUUUUUCCCAAUCCUCUUAAAAGAUGCUUACAUUUUCAUCCAACCAUGCUUUUUUUAGAAUUGCUUAUAAUUUGCUGUACUAUAUAUUAAAAAUUUUCUCCGAAUGCUUGCAGUUAGGUCUUGUGUGAAAUCGCGGUAUCUGAAGCUGUAUUCCUCAGUCAAGCUGAUUCAUCCUAAGUUAAAUUUUCCUUCAACGAGUCAUCCAUCAGGUUUGAAAUAAGGGGUGAAUGUAGUUAAGUCCAAGAACCUACAAAAUGAAACUAGAUGAUGGUGAAGGUGGGCUAAGCCAUUGGCAGUUUAAGCUGGGGAAACAUUACUGAUGAGCUCAAUCUAAAAUAACAUUCCAAAUGAGUAUUAGCUACAGAUGGAAAAUGAAAUGGAACAUAUCUUGCAGAUGCACUCUGUAUUCUGUCGUCCUAUUAUAAACGGUUGGUUUAACAAUAAAGUGCAAUUAAUAAAAA